ACUUGUUUCAUAUCAGUACAAAAGCCUCAUUUAUUAAAGUAAAUGAUGGAUAUUGAAGCGAAAAUAAGAGAGGACAUGCGCGUCCUUGGGUGUAACUCUGACUUAAAAAUAUCAAUGGCUUACCAACUUUACAUUUACUUAGUGGACGUGAAACUUAUGUACGACACCGAAUACUGUUACAACAAAGACGUAGACACCUUAUAUAUAGUCGCGAGGCCCAGUAAACGGGAAAAAAUGAACAUUUACGUGCCCGUUCCUACGCAUGAAGAUGUGAACAUGGAGUUUAUUGGUGUUUUGCAGCAGAAUUUGUGUACAAUAGAGACCGGCCCUAGUAUUAAUUUAGCUUUCAUCGAUGGGGAUUCGUCAACAGUUAUCUACACAUUUACUAAAGGUAUCGUUGAGAGGCCGACGCCCGAAAAGGUGGCCGAGAGGAGGAUGCGGGAGGAGCGGAGAAUGUUCAUUGAUAACGAACUGAAGAAGAAAAAGAAUGACAUUCUGAACAACGCAAUGAAUGGAGGGUUUGUGGAUGACGACGAGUGUCAAGUGAUUGAGUGAAGUGUGUAAAAUUGGACAAUAAUUCACAAUCCAGUUUAAUUGAACAAUGACAGAGACACAAUAUUACUUUUGAUGAUGGUAUUAUAUCUUAUAAAUAACUAAUUUAAUAAUCUUGGUUUCUCUGUAAGAGAUGGAGCUUGCACUCUGUUUAAUAGAACUGCCAGCAAAAACCUGUGAGUUGCCAACACUAUGUCAUGCCAAGGAUAUUCUAUAAUUGUGAAUUAACAUAAUGUAGCCUAAACCACAUAUUUUUAAGUAUACUUUAAGCUUUACAGAUUUGCUAUCAGUUCAUUGUUCCUGAUGUUUGUAGUUAACAAACGAGGCGAGGUUUUAAACAGUCACAUAGGUAAUCUAGCCUCAUAAGUUCCCGCAUACUUGUACAAGUACAAAUUCAAUUCCAGUUUUGAACUCAUAUAGAAACUAGCACUAACGACCACGGAGCAAAGCCUCGGACAGACAGACAGACAGACAGACGGACAUGGCGAAACUAUAAGGGUUCCUAGUUGACUACGGAACUCUAAUAAAAGAAAGUUUCAAAUUCAAAAGUGCAAAUAAUGCCCAAGGUCAUACAGGGUUAAAUCACGUUUUUUUUUAGGGUUCCGUAGCCAAAUGGCAAAAAACGGAACCCUUAUAGAUUCGUCAUGUCCGUCUGUCUGUCCAAUUAUGUCACAGCCAUUAGUGGGAAUAAGUUACACAGUUUUAUUUUAUCAAUUUAUUAUCAUUGUACAUUCUCUCUGAGUUAACUUUACCUUCAAAUCUGACUAAUCAAUUUUCAACACAAAUAGCCUGCCUUUUUAAAUCGUGAUGCCUGCCUAAGUUCAAAUAUUGCUCAGCAACAUACCUAAAUGUUCUGGGGCCCAUUUCUCGAACGGUAUUCGUUGAAUAUUUUUAGUGUUGGCAACACACUGGUAACAAAAAAGAAUUGACAGCAUGGACUAAUAUUAUCCCUUGAAGUGGCAGGCAGUCGACUCCUGACUAAUUAUGUCAUUUAAAUUUUAAAUUUGAUUAAUUGAAAUAAAAUCUGAAUUCCAAUAACUCAAAAAUGACAUAUGCCACUUGAAGAGUUAUAAGUCUAAUUACCAAUACCAUUCGAGAAAUAGGCCCUGGCAUUUAAAAUGUUAAUAUCAAAGAAACUUGAAAAUAGUAGUAUAUCUAGUACAGUAGGCGCUCAGUAAACCGGCACUGAAAGAUUUUCCCCCGUCCCGGAUUAUUGGAAGUGCCGGAAUUUGUAUUAAAAUAAAAGUUUUAUAUAGAAAACAUAGUUUAAACAAUAACGGCAACAUAUUGGGUCUCAUUAUUAUAAUGUUCAACAUGUACAAUGUGUUUGAUUUCAGAAGAGGAAGAUGAUGCUUCAAUGAAUAAUUAUUUUAUUUUAGAUUGCUUCUUACUAUAAUAUAUUUUGUUAAUAUAUUGCCUCUUAGCUUGCUCAAAGUCAGUAAAAUGUCAUCUAAAGCAUUGUGUUCUACUGCCCAAGAUUGAACUGCCAAGCAGGAGCCACAUCACACACAAUGUAACUGCUCUGUACUCCGGCGUUCGGCUGUGUUACUGCCGGAUUACAGAGCGAGCCAUCCAAGACGAAAACUGCAGAUUACUGGACGUGCUGGAAUGGCGAGCGAUUGGUUACUGGUUCCUGUCGGUCAUUGGUGCCACUAAAUUCAUAAUUAUAUUUGCUUGUUGUCAAUAUUGUGCUUGUUUCUUUUUUGUCAUCUAGGUGGAGAUGAGAACAAUUUACUAGGCUUUUGAGUCAAGGCAGUGAUGUAUGAGGCCCGUCAUAGUCGGAGCGAUAAUAUAAAAAAUAAUAAUAAAAUAAAAUAGCCUUUAUUUACAGGACAAAGAACAGUAGGAACUAUCUCUCUAUUAUCUCCGAUCUAUUGCCACUCUGCUCCAGGUACGGCCAGCUACCUGCGCAAUGUCAUCAUCCCAUCUCAUUAGAGGUCUCUUUGCUCCUCUCUCUCCCUCUCUUGGGUGACUCGCUUGCUCCAUUUAUCUGUGCCUCGGAUGAUAUGGCCAGCCCAUUUCCAUUUAUGUCUUCUAAUUUUUAUGGCAAUGUCUUGGACUUUCGUCCUAUUCCUAAUUAGGGUGUUUCGUAGCCGGUCAGUCUUCCGUAUACACCUAUCAUGCUCCUUUCCAUGGCACGCUGGAGCGAUAAUAUACCAAAUGAAAUUUUAUAGCAAGGCGUCUUCGAUAUAUUUUAAGUAACAUUUGACGGAGUUAACACACGAAGCCAUAAUGUAUAUUUUGGUAUCUUACGAUAUCUUAUAGCAACUAUAGCAUGGCAUCUUAAGAUAGCUUGCAAUAUUGAAACUCGGUCUAUUACGAUAGAUUUUGGUAUAUUUCAUCUCUCACAAUGUAGGUGCUAGACAGACAGCAAUAUAGAUUUUGGUAUUGUUGGCGUGUUUGGUGCUUCGCUAUACUGUAAGAUAUCUGUCGGUAUUUACGGUUAUAUAUAUGUUAUCGCUCCAUCUGUGACGGGCUUUAGGACCAAUACCUCCAAUAAGAUAUACAUAGGUAGCAUAGAAAUUUUUUAAGUUUUGUUUUUCCUAUUAAUCUGUUAAGUUUAGGUUUAGGUUAGUACUCUGAUCUAAUAAAUAGAUGUAGUUAAAUGAUACAAUGUUUAUAUUUUA